CAGAUCAAGUGUUGCGUAUUCUGAUGGAGUGACUGUCAUAACACAGCGACCAGACCCUGCCACUGUCAGAGACGGCUUGGGUGAAAAAGAUCAAGAUUUUCAGGAAGCAACCGACCAACUGACGGGAAACUGGGACAGUUUUGGCAAUGUCAUGUCAUCCUUGCCCUCUGAUCACAUCGUCAGAUAUGAGGCAGCGCUCGGCACAGACAGGAGGUAUGCCACCACGCGGUCAGAUGUACACAGCUUUGAAGAUGUUGGUCUGUCUACAAACGCCACCUUCUACGGCCUUCACCUUACAGCCAAGAUCGUGACCUACUACGUCACAGUACGCGCCUACAGUGCUGCAGGCAGUUUUGUGGAGAGCUCGUCAGACGGAAUAAAGGUCGGAUACAGCGCUGACGUCACACCAGGACAAGUGUUUGUCGACCAGUUCCAGAGCAGCACUAGCACAAUACGCUUUUGGUGGAACAACUUCGUGUCGGACAUGGUCAUCACUCAUCAUUAUGCUGGUGUCAGUACCUCCCCUCCUGCCUGGGGUAACAGCACUAACGAGUGUCACGUCAUACUGAGUCACGCCGCCUCCCAGUUUGACGUGUCUCCCUUGCAAAGCCUUGAAAAUGACGCCUUUGGCCAACUGACAGGACUAUCGUUGACUCACGGGCAGACCUAUUACGUCACGUUGGUGGUGGAAAAUCAGAUGGAGCAAUGCUCGUCUGCAGUCAGCCAGGGGACGUUAGUGGACACAACGCCUCCACUACCUGGAAGGAUUGGCGUAGAUGGCGUCAACGGUGACACAGUCAUCUUCCUUCAUUCACCCCAGACGGUUAUCGUCAACUUGAACGACUUUUCAGACCCUGAAAGUGGCAUCAAAAAAACUCAGGUCCAACUACUGUCCAGUUUAGAAUGUAACGCAGAACUACAUUACAACACGAUGACCGAGAUUCGUUCAGUGGCAGCUGCUAACGAGACACGCAUAGAGAUACGCAAACUUGAUCUUCAGGAAGGUUUGCUGUACUUUCUUCGUGUAACCGUAACUAACGGUGCUAGCAUGGAAACUCAAACUUUCAGCCAGCCAAUCAUUUUAGACACUUCCUCACCAACCCCUGGAUCAGUCAAACUGGGGCAGGACUGGACAGGAAGUGAACCAGUAUUUCAGAAUGAGACUCACGUGCUGGGUGGCAUGCUGGCUGUAGGUUCAAUAUCGUCCAACGUUCGCUGUCUUACUGAGGUCGACCUCUUCUCUCCUGAAGGGAAACAGAAGUGGACAGCAUUGUCGGGAUCGUUUGCUGCUGACUGUGCUGGAUUUGACGGUUCAGACCUUCACGUUAUAACGAGACACAAUCCUUACUUAACUGGCAUGGACAGGGGAGCUGCCCAGUAUCCCAGCCUGCCCUGGCGAGAAGGAGACUACAAAUUUUACAUGUCUACAGCCAGUGGAAAGAACAUACUUUCUGGAGUUGCUUUGGCGUCUCCUAACCUACAACCUCCUUUCCUUGUUCAAAACGACCUGACACAGAAAACAUUGUCCUCUCAAGCCUGCAACUCCACACUGAGCUCCUGUUCCUAUGACACGAUGAACACGAGCGGAGAAAAUUCACUGAGAACUGAUGAUGACUGCGGCAUUGGCUUUUCGUUCAUUGACGAUGGAGCAUCUACAAAAGCUCUGUUCUGGGUUCAGGAUAAACUGCAACUAAAACGGACUUGGAUCAGUCUAGAGUCAAUCCCAGCAAGCUUUCUGGCAAACUACGUUCUUAGACUCACAAAACGAGUGGAAAAUAACAAAGAUUCAUGGGAAACAACUCUAUUUGUAGAUGGCAGGAAUGUAGGGGGAUUCAGCGGGCUUCAGUUCAUGGACAACUUUGUUGUGAGUGUCUACACCUGGAACAUUGACGAGUUUUUCCAGCCUGUUGUCGAUCCUUUCGAUCCAUUCAAGGCCGUGCUCACGCUCAAGUCUGUGGUCAUUCCUGUCGCCCAACGUCCGCUCUGCUCAUUCGGCGCGGCCUUCCAAGACCACGUGAGCGGGGUGAAGGAGAUCUGGGCUGGCGUGUCCAACAGUGUCAAUACGACAGCCAAUGUGGUUCCCUACCGUCUAGUUCGGUCUUUCUGCCUGCCGUGCCUGCUGGGUUGUACUAACAUUUGCUCAGCGUGUAACAGCACUUCUCUUCAAGAUGAUUACAAAGUCUUCUCCAUUUCUAUUGACAGUUUGCAUCUCAUUGCAGCUAAUGAGGUAAUAAACACUUCUGUCAAAGAUAAUAGCACCCACAACACAACUGCUGCGGAAAUGAGUUUGUUCCGGCUACCAACUUAUUUCCUUGAUAUUCGAGUCAUCGACCACAGUGGCCUCACACAGGAAGUCAAGUCUGCGGGGAUUAUCAUCGAUACAUCACCACCUGUCAUCAACUUUUUCAGGUGCUUUGAUCCCAUGUACUCUUAUGAAGAAUCCAUCAUCUUUCUUGGCAACAACAACAGUGUUGGUGUUACUUGGGAUGCUUCAGAGGACAUUUCAAAUGUUGCUGAGGUCUGGGUAUGUGUUGGCACUCAGCCAGGCUUAGGUGAUAUUGCGCCAAAGUUAUUAAUGAACAGGUCUGCAGAUCGCCAUGUAUUUGAAAACAUGCAUGGGUCGCUUAAUGAGGGAGAACAGUAUUUCGCUACCCUUGAGAUUAAAAACGAGGCUGGCUUGUCAGCCCAAGCUCAAGUCAACUUUACAGUUCACACAGUGUUGCCUGACCUCUCGGCCUUGACCCUAAGCCCUGCCAAUGCAACUAUCCUCAGCUUCUCUGGCCAGCAGGUGGCGUUAGUAAGCGACACGAAGAACUUGGAACUAAAUCUCCAGGCCGGUCUUGGACCUGACACAAGCACAGACGUAGAGUUUUAUGAAUACGCCAUAGGCACAGACAGCGGUAAGGAAGACAUUUUCCCGCGGACCCGCGUGGGCUGGAGGAACGCCACGAAGGUGGCCAUAGUGGACGGCUUCAUGCACGUGGACGCCGCUCCAGAAGCCAUCAGCCUCGGGGACUACGUCAAGAGAAACUACACCAGUGAUAUGCAGCCCGACCCAUCAGCCAACAAGUUGACUAUGGAGCCCGGCCGGUGUCUCAAACAGCGCGUGUUCGGCGUCAGCAAGGCGCACGUGACCACUGCCCGUGACGUCAUGCCGGUGUGCAGAAAACGAGCAAGGGAUAUCAUUAUUGAAGGCGCCAAUGCUUCUCAGGAAAUAAGCAUGAAUACAUCUCAUUUGUCUGGAACUCCUGGUAUUGGAAAGGAAAUGAAGAUAAAAGUCAAAAUUUCACGGGGAGGUCUGAUGGCUGGCGUUCUCAGUGAUCAGGACCUCAACUCGCAGUAUGGGAGUUCUGCCUCAACACAGUUUUCACCCUUCGUUGUGGCUCCAGACCCUCAUGUGGACCCUACAACACGUUGGUUAAAGAAAAGACUUGUAGCUAUGCCUGGACCGAAUAUUUUUAUGACACCUCUGGCAAUGACAACCUUUGCGGACGACAUUGAUUUCACCUACACGCUGCCAUCUUCUGUUACUGUUCCUUUGAAUGCUACUGUUCACCUCCUCUUCUGGAAUGCGCAACUGAAACAGUGGCAGUCUCCUGAAGAAUUGUGCCUUCACUCUUCUGAGACAUUCAACUCUACAACCCGAGUGAUGUAUGUGAAGCUUUGUGCGAACGUAUUCAUCAGUUAUUCAACAGCUGAGAGCUUUCAGUCCGACGACACCAUCUUUGGAUGAAAACGUUAUCCACUCUCAGCGCAAACGACGUAGUGUUGUGGUGCCAUCACAAUGGACAUCCUCUUUCAACCCUCGCAUGCUGACGGUAGCUGUGAUCACCACCGACAUUCCAAACCAGCCGCCGACUAUUCAGAAUACUUCC